GAGCAGGUAGCCGCCUACAAGUACAAAUAAAAGGCCCUGUAAUCUCAGCCCGACUCAGCAGGAGUCAGGGACUGGGAGCGUAGAUCUACCAGUGCAGUAGGCAGUAGGUCUAGUACAUGUAGUAGUCAAUGAGGACAACUGCAAACGCAUCGCUUUUCAGCUUUGUUGCCUGAGCUAUUUUCCAAAGCGUGGAAGCGUGGUUGUAGUUAUGGACUCCGAUGAGGAUGAUCCUACUAAUUAUCCAAACAGUCGACUCUUGGACUUACUGGGUCACAGUGGACGUCCAAUCGUUGUGCGCAGUUCUGCUGGUUCACAGUUUGUUGUAAUUUUUGCAGAUCGCGGAACCAACCAAUUGGGAUCUGCUGCCAGUGCAAGUGAUCAAUCGCUCAGUGGAGACGAGAAUAUGUAUUCUGACUAUUCUCGGGUAUAUCAAACUUCUUAUCCAGGUAUGGGACGGCAAACCCGUCGCAUGGCGAUGCAAAGACGCAGUGCCAAGAAAUACAAUAAAGACCAUCCGCCCUGCUGUGAUGGAGUCGACAAAACGGACAUAGGCAGACAGAUUCAGCUGGAAUCCGGCGGACGAUUUGAAAGGUGUAGCACGUCGCGACUACUCCGUCAUCGUGAAUACGCUGUUCGUAGUCGCUGUAUGCCCUCAAGACGUGCUCAGCUGGGGAAUAGACAAUUGCCUGAUCGAGCGUCUGUGGUGAUUUCUGGACCUAGUCGAGUGUUCAUAGGGCGAUUCUCGGAGAAGGGUGAUAUCUUUGUGUCCUGCAGUCAGUCUGGCCGAAUUACCAUUCUCAAGGUGGACGGGCGUCGGUUAAUUCCCCACCGCACUAUUGCCGGGCGUGAAGUCGGCUGGAGCAUUAUAGAUAUGGCAUUUAGCCCCGACGAGCAGUAUGGAGUCUAUUCUAGCUGGUGCCAUUCUCUAUACAUGAUCAACUUAAACAAUGACACGUCAGAAGUGCACACGCCGUUGGACAUGGACCCAGAAGAGGACAGUCACUUCUGUGCUUUCUCGUUGCAGUUUUCCAGUGACAACCAUCAGAUUAUGGCCGGCUGCAACUAUGGCCAGGUGUACAUGUACGAUCGCAUGCGAGGUGCACGCACGCUGGCUUUUCAAGCACACGACGAUGAUGUGAACACAACAUGUUUUGGUGAUGCGUCGUCGCACAUCCUAUUCUCUGGCAGUGAUGACUGUGUAGUAAAAGCCUGGGAUCGCCGUACCCUCUCGGCAGGAAAUCCAGAAGCAGUGGCAACGUUUCACGGUCAUAGUGAUGGCUUGACGUGUGUAUCACCAAGAGGAGACGGUCGCUAUUUGAUAUCCAACAGUAAAGAUCACAGCAUGAAGCUGUGGGAUGUACGUAAGCCGGCGGCCGCGAGUAUGUCGCCAGAACAAUCUACAGCAGCCACGGCCACAGCAGCAACAGAACGUCGUCAGAAUGACUCAAGCGUCAUGACGUACCGAGGGCAUACGACCAAGAGCACUCUUGUCCGAUGUGCAUUCUCGCCUGCUCACACCACUGGACAGCGCUAUGUGUAUACGGGCAGUGCGCUUGGUGCGUGUGUCAUCUACGACGUUCUAACGGGAGAGGUGGCAGCGGAGCUACAAGGUCAUACGGGUGUGGUACGCGAUGUGUCUUGGCAUCCAACCAAUCCAGGGAUGAUCACAACAGCUAGCUGGGAUGGUGACGUCAAGCUCUGGCAACGGAACGUCACCGAUGAAAUGCCCAGCGCCGAUGCACACUCGUCCUACGAUGCCAGUUAUGGCCCUGAUCUAUCCGGCACUGCUUUCUUCUAGAUCAUCAUUGAGCGCCAGUGAACGCGAAGACAAACAAUAGUGUUGCAGAACUGAUUUGACUACUGCAACUGACGCUGCUUGCCCUCGUGACGUCUGUAUACCGCAUUAAGUUCAUAUUGUGGACCUGGCACUUGUUGCCCUCGUCUCGAACUACACUCAUUGCACAACCUACACAAGUGACCAGUCCAGAGACAGCUGGAGGACACAAAUGUUUCGGCCAUUGGCCAUGGUCAGUGGAUAAAGUAACUUAGUACGUAUGCCCGAGGCUUUGCCGAUGAUUCGCCAAUGAGUGCCGCGAAAGCCAGAGCCAUCAGCAGCAUCACCAGGAGACAUCUAAACAUCAUUCUCGUAUGUAGUCAGUAGACGACGGUCCGUGCGUGAGACUUGCAUUAUCAACACAUAGAAUAGCACUGUUGCGCCUUCUAUACUAGAUUUGACACAACAUGCCUUGGGACGGAUGUGGCUCUUGUAUUGGAGACGUAUACGCCAUACCGGUGGGUAUAGGUACAGAGCUCCUUUAUCCAUACAGCGGGUUACAGUUAUAUAGAUGUUUUCGUGAAAGUAACCUUAGUUGCAUUGCCUCCAUUCAAACUGACUCAAGUCUUGUCAACCUUGCUUAUUACAUUAUUCGUUCCAUUGUUUUGUCUCAGGACAAGUCGAGUCAUUCGUCAUUCAACAUGUUUUCGCCCUUUCUCAAUGACAUUUUAUUUCGCUGGGAACGCCACUGCGGCGUGUUACAUCUCUAGCUGUUACUGUUAUCGCCUGAGACAAAGGGACAACAUUUUAAAAUAUGCAUGGUUGCUCCUAGUGUUGGAGCUUGCACCACCUGCUGGCUGACACUACAGAAGAGUCACGCGUCCAAGAACGUUA